AUGUCAGUCUUCGAGCGGGUCCGAAGAAAGCUUUCUCGUACCAAGUCCGUCGCUGGCCUGGAAGGAGAUGGACCAAGAGUUAAUAAAGAUGCGCUUCAACGGUGGCCGAGCAAAGCUUGCUCGUUGACGCCGUCGGACGAAGAGCUUGUCUCGAGGUUGGCAUUCACCCCGGAGACCGUGAUAAUCGAACGCGCUCCCCGACAGAAAGCUCUCUCCUUUGGCACCCACCGAUCCGAAAGAACGAUCUUCAACAAUGUCGAGUCUGGCUUCCUCGCGUUGCCAACGGAGCUUCUCGUGACCAUUCAAUCCUACCUGACGCCGAGUAGUGAAGUUGCGCUACGCCAUAGCUGCUCACGAUUCUUCCAUCUUUACAGCACUCCAUCCUUUGUGCUGACAGGCAAAGAGCUGUUCGACUUUCUGUGCAUGACUGAACGUGACCAAGAUCCAAACGAUCUGGAUAGGCUGGUCUGCGGAAGAUGCCAGGAAUUGCACGUCUGGACAGCCUUCUCUUCUUCUGAAAUCAGGCAGGAGCCGACGGCUCGGGAUUGCAGACAAAUCUGGCUUUGUGCUCACCGGUCCCUGGGCUACGAUAAGACGAUCCGGGCCAUCAAGGCAGGAGUCGACUCACCGUUUCGGGUUGAAACAUUGGAACCUUGUCCGCGCUGUAGAGACUCGAUCCGGAACAGAUCUGUCGCGCACCGCCCGGAAAAGGGGACUUCAGCUAUGGACUUGGAGCACCCCAAGGCAGAGUCAUUACUCAUUUCUAAGAUUGGUCUCUUGCAGGCGCCGUCACCACUGUACAAUAUCCGGACAAGUGGCGGCAGUGGUAUGUAUAAGGAGAUCUUUCAGGUCAAGGACGUGUCAGCAGCACUGCAGUCCAUUGAUUUUCGACUAUGUCCGCAUCUGAAGCUAGGAGAUCCUUAUAUUCUCAGCAAGUUCUGCAGGGCCUGUAUCAACACACAGCGUCUGCCGCCAGGGGUGAAAGGCCCGCCUUGUAUCAACGAAAACAAGCGCCAGUUUGGGGAGAGUAUACGAGGUGGAAAAUGUAAAGGCUCCUGUUAUACUCGAGGGUGUAAGACGCAAUUCAUGUUUCAGGCCCGGGAAAGUCUCUCCCCCGAUGCGUCUGGACGACGACAAGUUUGGUUGAUUAUCGUGGUCUAUCGUUGGCUCGGCCCCCUGCUGAGUGCUGGCCGAGAGGCCUCGUGGACUGAUCACUCUGUGGACCAUAAAGAACGCAAAGAGAUGCGUCUUAGAUGGGCCGAACGAGAGAAGGCAAUCCGAGCAGGACGGCCAUGUAUGCCCAACUGGGAAAUCUGUCUACUUCACCCGUCAGACUCGAACGUACGCUGA